UGCACCCUUUGCCUAUUCACGCGCUCUAAGGCCCAGCCCUCCAAAGGGAUUUAGGUGCUGGAACCAAUGGGCGUAAGGCGCCUGAGCACCGAGACUGGUUUGCCGGAUCGGGGCCCGACACGGCAAGCGCCGCGGGGGCAGGUCCCAGCAGCAGCCGCCGCCCCGAUUUACUGCUGACAUCCGAGGCGGUUCUUGUUUGCGAGCUCUCCCCGCUGCCACCGCCGGGCCGGGGAGAGCAGGUUGGGGGGGUCCGGCUUGUCCCCUCGGCUAGACUCGUGCAGAGCCCCGCGCACCCGCAAUUCAGCCCCCUCCCCCGAGUAAUUAGCUGCGGACAGCCCGGGGCGGCGGCUCCGUACCCGGCCCUGUCUGCGCUGGGCCUAAGCGGGCCGCCGGCCUCCCUCGGCUCGGGCGCCACAGGCCUAGCGGCGCUGCAGCCUCCCGCGCGGCCCGGCGGAGGCUCCGCAGGCAGCGGGGCGGGGCCAGGCACGCCGGGCAGGAGGCCGCUCGGCCCGGCCGGAACCCGCCUCGGCGGCCUCGUGACGGCGCGACUCGACUCGGCUGGAGCGCGGCCCGAGAGUAAAAUGGAGGAGUUGAACCAAGCACUGGCUUCCAGCUUCGCUGUGUCUCAGGACCUGAACAGCACAGCAGCCCCUCACCCCCGACUGGCACAGUACAAGUCCAAGUACAGUUCCUUGGAGCAGGCAGAGAGGAGACGUCGGCUCCUGGAACUUCAGAAAUCUAAGAGAUUGGACUAUGUGAACCAUGCCAGGAGACUGGCAGAGGAUGACUGGACUGGAGCUGAGAGGGAGGAGGAGGAAGGUGAAGAUGCGGGCAGUGAGGAUAUGGACGUUGACGUGGGCAAGAAGUUGCCAAAGCGCUAUGCUAACCAACUAAUGCUUUCUGAGUGGCUGAUUGAUGUCCCCCCAGAUCUGGAACAAGAAUGGAUCCUGGUGAUGUGUCCCAUGGGGAAAAGGGCACUGAUUGUGGCAUCCAGGGGCUCCACUGCAGCUUACACCAAGAGUGGAUUUUGUGUCAACAGGUUCCCCUCCCUCUUGCCAGGGGGAAACAGGCGUAAUUCGGCAACUGGGAAAGACUACACGAUCUUGGACUGUAUCUACAGUGAAGUGAACCAGACGUACUACAUCCUUGACGUGAUGUGUUGGAGGGGGCAUCCCGUUUAUGACUGUCAGACAGAUUUCCGAUUCUACUGGCUUCAUUCUAAGAUACAAGAAGAGGAAGGGCUGGCAGAGAAAAGCAGAAUUAAUCCAUUUAAAUUUGUGGGCCUGCAGAGUUUCCCCUGCACCCCAGAGAGCCUAUGCGAGGUGCUGGCCAUGGACUUCCCCUUUGAGAUAGAUGGGCUCCUCUUCUACCAUAAACAAACCCACUACAGCCCCGGCAGCACCCCACUAGUGGGCUGGCUCCGACCCUACAUGGUAUCAGACAUCCUUGGGAUGACUGUGCCAGCUAAUCCGCUAACUACCAAACCAGACUACGCCGGGCACCAGCUCCAGCAGAUCAUUGAGCAUAAGAAGAGUAAAAAGCUGGCAGGAGAGGAGGGAUGCUUGAGCUCCAAGGAGGUGGCUGAGAACGGACAUUAUGAGUUGGAACACUUGUCUACACCUCGGCCGGCAGAAUCUCCCAACAGCCAAGUUGAGACAGCAAGCCAGAUGGAGAGCUAGACUACUGUAGUGGGAUGGUUUUAUUGAGAGGGUGAGGGGCCACAGCACAGCCUUCUCGUUUUCCAUUGCUGCUCAUGCUGGCUGGGAGGAGGAUAAUAGUGAUCACUGGAUGGCUCUGUUUUAAGUGCCUUUAAGGGAAAUAGGUCAGCUUUAACAGUUGUUGCAAGGACUAUCACUUCUGUGGAGAUGCUAAGGCUUAGUCCUACCUGCUGAAGAAAUCUGCUCUUGGGAUUGUACCCUGUGCCAAACUGCAUGGUUACUCAUUUAGAACCUGAUCCUGUUCCUAUUGGACUCCAUGGCCAAAACUCCAUUCUCAGAGCAGGAUUCAGACACCUCUUUGUAAACUGAACACCAAAUACCAGGCCUCAGACAAACCUUAUUAGGCUGAAAAUCUGGGGCAUUUCCACCUCCAAUCCAGUGGUUUGCACUUAAGACCCUUUUGAUGAAAGUUUUGUGGUCAAUCUGAUUCUGGUUUCAGAGGGUUGCACUAUAAGUCUAAAAUCUGAAGGCUGUGUUUGACACCCACAUGUUAGUGAGAAACAGACUUUCCUUGCAUCAGAACAGGCCCCUGUAUCGAAAAAUGGCCGUGUGCAAAAAGAACUCAGCAUAAUUUUAUUCUCUGACCCUUUUUGCAAUAGGGGAAAUGCCCAAGUCAUGUUGAAUUUUUUUUUUUUUUUUUUGUGGUUGAAUGUGCAGAAUAAAGUGUUUCAUAUAAAUAUUAACUCUUCAGUCUCUCUUACCAGUUAACCAAUUUUGGAUUAUCAUUUAGAUUUCUUUGAAUCAGGCACUUUAUAGCACUAACUGAAAAUAUUAUGUAUGGUUGAGUUUCACAACUCUGUCAAUGCACCUUAGUCCUUAUCUCAUGCUCUCCCUGCUAUUCCAGUCCUAGCCCUCUCUCUUGUAUACAGAUUUUCAACUGCAUUUAUAUGUACCAGGAUGUGUCUACACUACAAACAGUACAGUACAGCCUCUGUUAUGUGGGCACAUGGUACUGCAACAGGAGGGUGUUGUCUGUCGCUAUAUUAAACCAAUCUCGAGAGGCAGCAGCUAGGUUGUUGGAAGAAUUCUUCCAUCAACCCAGCUGCUCUACGGUAAGGGUUAAGUCAACAUAACGACGUCACACAGGUAUGAAAUGUUUCAUAGCCCUGAGCCAUGGAGCUAGGUGAUCUAAUUUUUAGGUAGACCAGGCCCUAUUUUUAUGAUUAAAAUGAGUAUCUGCUAGGGUGAGACCACAAAACUCAACUGACUGGUUACCCAAACUAGGUUUUCACUGGUGAUAAAAGGCCAGUAUGUUAACUCCCAGGUUUGAACUCUUUAUUAUGUUAUAUAGACAGCAAAUUAGUUAUGAUUCCAACCAACCCACUCAAGUUAAAAGAGGUGGAUAAAAUUUCAUACUAUAAAUAC